AAAAUCAAAAUAUAAUUAAAUAACACAAUUCAGAAAUACAAACAUUUUGUUCAGUCAGACGAGGAUUAAAUAAUGGCGAUAACAUUAAAUGCGCAGACGACGCCACUUAUCGUGCGUUUAUUAAUAAUUAAACCCGACCAAAAUUAAAAUUGAACAUCAAUUGACAGGUGAUCACAACAAAAACCUAAAAAUCCCCAAAACCCGACCGCAAAACAACCGAAAACGGAAACUGUUGAGUAGGUCACGGCCGCCCAUAUUUCGCGUGUCGCACACAAAAAACCACCGGGGCCCCCCGAUUCGAACGCGUACCGCGGGGGCGCAGCGCCUCGCCACCGUCAACGUCCCGAACUCAACAGAGAGGGCGGUUUCGCGCGCCAUCGGGCCGGUAUAAUAGUUUGUUUAUUUUCCCACCGAACGGGCCGCGGAUCCCCUGUCACCUAUGUUCCGUAAAAUCCGCACUUUUGCCCGCCCGACAUCCGCACUCUAUGCAAAACACCGCCGAAGUAGAUCAAUCCGCGAUUGUGGUGUAACGCAUGUCAGGUCGACGUUUGAAAUGGACGCACGUACGUCGCGGCGAGCACGCUGAUCAUUGUAAUACGGCACGGACGGGAACGACGGGAGCGGUGACGUUAUUAAUUCGGGUUGCCGUUUGGCCGUAAACACACACGAAAUGACCGUGAAAGAGGAUAAUUUAUCGGUAACCAGUCAGUCGCCAUCUUUCUCGGCACUUUUUCUCGUCUAGUUACGUCGGGGAUUUGUUUCGGAUUGUUUUGUGGUUUCGUCGUAUUGUGUGUGUGGUUGUAAAACAGUGUGACGGAUUUUUGGGGAUUAUUAACCUUAGUUUGGCGCAACGGAUCGAAUGGGGGAUGAAAAAAUCUGGCAGCAUGGCAGAUAACCGGUGUUACACUGGAGGCGGCUUAACUUCUCCCGACAGGAGUACUAUUCGUUAAGCCAAUGAUAUGUUCGAGAUCAAAAAAGGCGCUGGAGUGAAAAUGGAGCAGUUCCAGGCGGCGCUGGACCCCCGGAAGCAGGAGCUCCUGGAAGCACGCUUUCUUGGCGCUAGGAUGUCAGCUGGAUCUCAGAUACAGAUGGCACCGCAGUCCACAGUCAACACGACCCAACCCGUGCAUAGCCAGGACUCCAACAUGAGUACAGGUUCGUCUCACAGCGACAAGGAGGUGGACCCGAAUACUCCGGAGAAGGUGCCGCGCACCCCCUCCGACCGGAAGCGGAAACGGAAACCGGACGACGGGGGCGGCAUGCCGGGCAAGGGGGUGCGGAACCAACAGCCCGCCGACAAGAAGAUCAACGACUACUUCAAACAUUCGGGGAACAGUCCCAUCAGGCACGGCGGAGCCAAGAGCCCCUCCUCGCAGCAACCCUAUCCAAUGGUAAUGUUCUCUGUCUUGCAGUUACCUCCCUCGCCGCAGCAGCCGGUGGGUCUGCCGUCUCCUCAGGUGUCUGUAAACUCGGUUCCUCCUUUCGAAUUUUACAAACAACAAACACCUCGGCUGCCCUCCUCGGUUAGCAAACAAAUACAGACUGAAUUGACGUGUCACCGGAUAACGGAGUUCGAGACGCAAGCCUCGUCCGAUCUCGAGGUGCGGAACAACAAGAUCGAGGAGCUGACGCGACAGCAGGACGAUCUGCGACAUCAGAUCGCGACGCAACAGAAAACCAUCGACCAGCACAAGCAGCACAUCAACAAGUGCAUCGAGGUGGUCAAGAAGCUGCUCAAGGAGAAGAGCUCGAUAGAGAAGAAGGAGGCGCGACAGAAGUGCAUGCAGAACAGGCUCAGGCUCGGGCAGUUCGUGACGCAGCGCGUCGGCGCCACCUUUCAGGAGAAUUGGACUGAUGGACACGCGUUCCAGGAACUGGCCAGGCGACAGGAGGAAAUAACGGCGGAACGCGAGGAGAUCGACAGGCAGAAGAAGCUGUUGGGCAAGAAGAGGCCGUCGAACAACGAGAGCGGCCGGAAGCGGAACAACUCGAACGCCAUGCACAACGGCACGACGGACUCGGGUUUCCUGAAGCCGGACGCCGUGCCCGGCUCCCUCACAGUUCAAGAGUACUACGAGUCUGAUGAGAUCUUGAAGCUGCGGCAGAACGCGCUGAAAAAGGAGGACGCCGACCUGCAGCUGGAGAUGGAGAAGUUGGAGCGUGAACGCAACCUGCACAUCAGGGAGCUGAAGCGCAUCCACAACGAGGACCAGUCGAGAUUCAACAACCACCCGGUGCUGAACGACCGCUAUCUGCUGCUGAUGCUGCUGGGCAAAGGCGGCUUCAGCGAGGUGCACAAGGCGUUCGACCUCAAGGAGCAGAGGUACGUCGCCUGCAAGGUGCACCAGCUCAACAAGGACUGGAAGGAGGACAAAAAGGCUAAUUAUAUCAAACACGCGUUAAGGGAGUACAACAUCCAUAAAGCGUUAGAUCACCCGCGAGUAGUGAAAUUAUACGAUGUAUUUGAAAUAGAUGCAAAUUCCUUCUGUACAGUCCUAGAAUACUGUGAUGGUCAUGAUCUUGACUUUUAUUUAAAGCAGCAUAAGACGAUACCGGAGAGAGAAGCUAGGUCUAUAAUAAUGCAAGUGGUGUCCGCCCUGAAGUACCUGAACGAGAUCAAGCCGCCCGUCAUCCACUACGACCUGAAGCCGGGCAACAUCCUGCUGACGGAGGGCAACGUGUGCGGCGAGAUCAAGAUCACCGACUUCGGCCUCAGCAAAGUCAUGGACGAGGAGAACUACAACCCCGACCAUGGCAUGGAUCUGACGUCGCAGGGUGCCGGCACCUAUUGGUAUUUGCCCCCCGAGUGUUUCGUGGUGGGCAAAAACCCGCCGAAGAUAUCGUCGAAGGUGGACGUGUGGAGUGUAGGAGUCAUAUUUUAUCAGUGUUUGUACGGCAAGAAGCCGUUCGGCCACAACCAAUCUCAAGCCACCAUACUGGAGGAGAACACUAUACUGAAAGCGACCGACGUCCAAUUCGCCAACAAACCCGCAGUCACAAACGAGGCCAAGAGCUUCAUCAGGAGUUGCCUGGCGUACAGGAAGGAGGACCGGAUCGACGUGCUGUCGCUGGCCAAGCACGAGUACUUGCAGCCGCCGAUGCCCAAGCACCGGCUGACGUCGAACGCGGCCGCGGCGGCGCAGCAGCAACAGGCGGCGCAGGCGCAACAGCAGGCGGUCGCCGCACAGGCGCAGCAGCAGCAGAGCAACUUCUCGACGGGCAUGUUCGGCGCGAUGAACGCCUCCUCGUCGUCUUAGUGCGUGUUGUCGGUUUGAGUUCGGCUCACGGCGUCUCCUCGGUCGUCGGCGGCGGCGGGGUGUUGCAACCACGCUGCGGGGUUUGACAAAUGUUUUUAACGACAUGCUUUUUCGUUUUCGUUUUAUCGAUGGACCGACCGUCUUGGUUUGUAACGAACCAACGGAUGUCUUCCUUGGCCUAUUCGUCAUCAACUAACUAACUAAGUAAAUAAACGUGAAGGGUCCCCGGGGGGCGUCGGCAACACCCCGCCCCAACACGCGCACCAAUUCAAGACGGACAUGUUAUUUAAUUAUAAUUACUCGUGAAUACAAAGAAAACUAGUGAUCUAUCGGGACAAACUAUGUUAUUAUUUUUUUCCUUUCGGACAAUUAAUCUUAUAUACAUACAUGUUAUAUAUAUAUUUAAAUAAGACUUGUGGGAGACAUUGUUAUGUUCAGUGCGGUCGGGACACGCCCCAGUGUGUGCGCCAACAAAAAAAAUGUUUAAUAAUGAAAACCUUUAAAAUCUCUUCUCUUGUUGCUUACGCUUCCCCCCCUCCUUCAAUCCCCCCCCCCCACGUGGUUUUUCUUAUAAAGGUUGGAAUUUCCAGGCGGAAAAAGUGUUGAUUUAUGCCAUACCACUUUACGUUAUGUUUUUAAGGAGCAGUGAUUUUAUUUUGUUUUUUUUUAUUUUUGUGAUAUUUUUCGCGAAUAGGAUGUGUACGACGGACCGCACGUGACCCCUCCCCCCCCAACCACCACCACCGCUUCACGCUGAUGGCCCCGCCCCUAAUAUUUAUUUUGUUAUAAGGAGUACAGAAGUAGUUUUUAAAUAAAUUUUGUGAGGAUACUUGUGAAUUUUUAUUGUGAAUCACCAGCUGCAGAGGGCGUGCACGUUUUUGUUAAUGGAUUGUUGCCACCAGGUGGCGCCCGAGCUGUGGGGGCGUGUCCAUUAAGAGAAACGUGCACGAUUACUUUUUUUGUACGUCUUACGAUGAAAUGAAUAGUUAGGGGAGUCGUGUGCGGUCCCGUUUUACUGUUGUAAUUUGUUUUAGGGGAUGAUAUGUAAUAUGUUUAGCUCUCUGUCGAUUCUUAAAGUCUUAAAAAGCCACCUACUACUACUACUACUACUACUAGAGUUAAUGUAUGGCUAUAAAAAUACAAGUAUAUGAGCGUACGCAUUGUUUUAAAUGUCUGCCUUUAUAAUAAGAACCAAAAGUCACGAGUCCGAUUCAUAUUUAAGUGCAAACAACUCAUAGUCGUAUGUUUCCUUUUUAUAUAAUACUAUAUAUAUUAUACAUAUAUAGAUGAAACAUUGAUAAGUUAUUUUAUGAAGUGACCUUGCUUUGUACCAUAGUGUAUUUUUGGUUCGCUACUUUCCCCCUUGUUUUAAUUGAUCCUCAGUCGGUGGAUUUUGUUCGAAAAGUGGUACAAUGAUGAAAAACUAGGGUUAAUUUUUUGUCUGUAGGGCUGUGUGAUAAACAUUUGGAUUAAAAUUAUUUAUUAUUAAUAAUGGAAUUCGAUUUUUUGUUUCGUAGGUUUAAGUGCAUGAUAUUAGGGAUCCAAGACGAAAUCAAUAAACUUUCGAAUCGUUGUAAUUUAUUUGUAAAUAAACCACUUGGAGCUACAAAAUUUGCCGUCCCCAAUAUCAUCUUCGUUACUGCAAAUUACCCCCUGCCCCCCACCAUCAUCCCCCGGAAGCAAACGGGGCUUAGAAAUUAUAAAAACCGUCGGCCUUAACUAAAACUAAACAAGCGAAUGAGUAAUAGAGCGAGACACCAGUGCUGGAGGGUGUGUCUAGUCCGCCCCGUUUGUGACCCGGGGGAAUCACCCCCCACCCCCCAAGGAGUUGUUGAGCUGCUUUUUUGAGGCAUUUUCAUUUUCGAUUUUGCAUUUACGCCCCCCCUCUGUCGUUUUUUGUACAGUGAAUUUGAUGAAAAUAAAAUAAGUAGUGGUAAUGCAUAAUCAACCUCGGAUUUAUUCAAAAAAAAAAAUAAAUAAAUAAAUAAAUAAACCGUAACAAAGGAAUCAUACCUAGCUACUAAGUUAUAUUAAUAGUUUAUAUGUAUAUAAGUGAACAGCUUGAAAUUUUGAAUAUAUAGUGAGGUUCUGUAAUUAAAAUGUCUCAAAUGAAAAUUCCCUUCGGAGUCCGUUCACUAGACAACAACUGUCACCAAACUUAAAAACUAAAAUGAACAUGAUAACUGAAGUUUCAAAUUAUGCUGGAUGUACGAGUCUUAUUAUAUAAUUAAGGGAACGUAAAAUAAUGCUUAACAAUUUGCUUAUUAUAUAAAAAAGAAAGUGUUUUGUUUCAGUUUUGUUAAUUGGAAAACUGUUGAAGCAUUAUUGAUGGUUCUUUUUGUGGUUGGAUACUUGAGAGGCUAUGUUAGGUUCCUCGAACACGACAUUUUGUAAAUAAAUAGUUUCCGUUGCUUGAAGAUGAUGGGGGACGAGUGGAAAAGGGGGGAAAUGGUGCGAACCUAGCCUGGGUUCAACGUAUCUAGGCCACUGAUAAAUGAUGAUAGUGUAUAUUACACAUUGUUAUGCGAUUAUUAUAUAUUUGUCCAGUUUGAUUUGAAUGGAUCGAUUCGGUAACACAUUGUAAAUAUUAAUAAAAGUUGUAAGAAAA